CGUUAAUUGAAUUCUCGGACGUGUUUGAAAGGAAACUGAACUCCGUCGUUCUUUGGCCUUCGCCAGCAGAUCUUCGCCAUCUCGAAAGGCUUUGAUGAUCUCUUCUGGGUUGCAUCCAACCAAAAUCUGAAGUUUCUAAUCGAUUCCCGAAACCCUAACUGAGCCAUAGGUUUCCACUGCCGGAGCCAGAUGAAGAUGCCGAAGUGGAGUUUCUUGGUUUCGAUUCUAUUGGGGCUUAUGUCCACCGUUGCUUACUCGAUGCGAUUCGAUCUUCAAUCGGGCGCCACCAAAUGCAUUUCCGAUGACAUUAAGACCAAUGCUAUGACUGUCGGCAAAUAUUCGGUGGUUAAUCUCAACGAUGGUUUUCCUGUCCCCGAAUCCCACAAGAUCACUGUCAGGGUGAGUUCGCCUCAAGGCAACACGUAUCAUAAUUCGGAUAAUGUGGAGACGGGUAAUUUCGCGUUCACUGCGGCCGAGUCCGGUGAUUAUACUACUUGCUUUUGGGCCCCGGAACACAAGCCCCCAGCCACAGUAACAGUUGAUUUUGAUUGGAAGUCCGGUGUUUCUUCUAGGGAUUGGUCCAAGGUUGCUAAGAAAGGGCAGAUUGAAAUAAUGGAACUCGAGUUGAAGAAGUUGUAUGACACUGUCAUCUCCAUACAUGAUGAGAUGUUUUAUCUCCGUGAAAGGGAGGAGGAAAUGCAGCAGCUGAAUAGAGCAACUAACGCAAAGAUGGCCACCUUCAGUUUCCUAUCACUUGGAGUUUGCUUGUCUGUGGCUGGUUUACAGUUAUGGCAUCUCAAGACAUAUUUUGAAAGGAAGAAGUUGCUGUGAUUCUUUCCUCCCAUAUAAACUCUCUCCCCCUCUAAUUUUUCUGAAAAUUUUUUUCGUUCUUUUUUUUCCUCAUUUUUUUAAAGAAUUAAUUUUGUUGUUUAGACGUGACAACUUAUGUUGGACUUGAAUUGCUAAGCAUUUGUGGACUCUGAAGAACACUCGCAGUUGGAAAUUUGAAAGGGAAAUAUGCACAUGAUAAUAUUUUUUACUUUGAAAAA